AUGGAGGUGUUUGAAGGAAAUCCCAUCGGCAAGUGGGUGUGGGCCAACGUGUGGAAGCUGCCUCUCUUCGAGCUCGGCGAGCCAGGGCAGUCGCCGUGCACGUUCGGAGACGCCGCCAACAUAUUCCGCACCAACAUAGAACAGAUCUAUGGCGAUGAGCCCUCUUUGGAUGGCUGCCCGGUUGCGGAGGGGGAGCUGGACUCGAUGGUCACAGGGAAUACAUUCGUCGGCCUUCAGAAGUACUACGAGAUGUUCGGGCCAGCGUACAAGCUCUGCUUUGGCCCCAAGUCCUUCAUCGUCCUCUCCGACCCGGUGAUGAUCCGACAUGUCUUGCGCGAUAACGCUAAGGCAUAUGAUAAGGGAAUCUUGGCAGAGAUCCUGGAACCCGUCAUGGGGAAGGGUCUCAUCCCCGCCGAUCCCGCAACGUGGAAAGUACGGCGCCGGGCGAUCGUGCCGGGCUUCCACAAAGCGUGGCUAAACGCGAUGAUUGGCGUUUUCGGCGAUUGCAACAACGUUCUCAUCGGGAAGCUGGAGGACGUGGCGCAGCGCGACGAUCAGAUCGAGAUGGAAUCCCAUUUCUGCAGUGUGUCGUUGGAUAUCAUCGGGAAAGCCAUAUUUAACUACGAGUUCGGCUCGGUUACGAAGGAGUCGCCCGUCAUCCAGUCCGUCUACAGCGUGCUCAAAGAGACAGAGCACCGGUCAACCUCGCCUAUACCGUACUGGGAAUUACCCUUGGCCAACCAGCUGGUGCCGCGUCUUCGCAAGUUCAACAGCGACCUCAAGAUCCUCAACACCGUGCUCACUGAUCUCAUCGCUCGGGCCAAGAGCUCGGAGGACAAGGCUGACUUGGAGGACCUGCAGGCUAGAAACUACGACAAGGUCUCAGACCCGAGCAUGCUCCGCUUCCUGGUUGACCUUCGUGGGGAGGAUGCCACGGACUCUCAGCUAAGAGAUGACCUCAUGACGAUGCUGAUCGCCGGCCACGAGACCACCGCGGCCGUCUUAACUUGGGCACUCUUUGAGAUGGCGCAGAACCCGGAGGUUGUCCGCAAGGCGCAGGAGGAAGUGGAUCGCGUCAUUGGUGACAGGGUCCCUACACUCGACGACAUCAAGUCGCUCAAGUACAUCCGGUACAUGGCCGCGGAGUCCCUCCGCAUGUACCCCGAGCCGCCCUUGCUCAUCCGCCGAGCCUUGGAGUCAGAUGAGCUUCCGCCCGGAUCUGGCGACGGCCACCGACCAAAGAUCACGCGCGGCGUUGACCUUUUCCUGGCCAUCUAUAACCUUCACCGCUCCGAGGACUUCUGGGAAAACCCCAACAAGUUCGACCCUGAACGUUUCGAGAGGCCGUUCCAGAACAAGGGGGUGGAGGGCUGGGCGGGGUUCAACCCCGACUUGUUGGAGGGGAAGCUGUACCCCAACGAGAUUGCAUCCGACUUCGCCUACCUUCCAUUCGGAGGCGGCCAGAGGAAGUGCGUGGGAGAUCAGUUUGCCAUGAUGGAGAGCGUUGUGAGCCUGGCCAUGCUCACCCGCCGGUUCGAGUUCGAGCUGAUGAUCAAGCCGGAAGAGGUGGGGUUCUACACGGGGGCCACGAUUCACACCCGAAAUGGACUGCCGAUGCGAGUGAAGAAGCGAGUUUUGCCAGGAACGGAGCAGACGGGGGGAGGAGAGGCUGCGAAAAACGAGCCAGUUGAAGCCUCUGGGAGUAGUGCCGCUGUAGCUGUUUAGGUUUGCCUCGAGGGAUAUUGUUGAUUUCUCUUCUCCAUCUAAGCGAUCCUGAGGCUGCGAGUAGACUGGCGGUCGAGACUGCUCCUUCCAUA